GCGAACGUCCGCCGGUCCGGCUGUAGCGGAGGCCCGGACGGGGGUCGGCGGGAAGUCGGGGGCUCAGCGAAGCCGGAGCGGCCCUGAGCUCCACCCGCUGGGGAGGAGUGAAGCUCUGGGCGCCGCCGCGGAAGGCGGAGGGGUGAAGUCAGGGCUGAGUGGGCGGAAGUGAGGCCCUUGAGAGGGCCGAAGGGGAGCUUGAGCUGUACGGCUCCCUCCCUCCGGGGCGUUGGGGCGGGCACGCACUUGAGCGCACCGCGACACGUUUUCCAAAUGUCAAGCUGUUGCUUUGUCCAAUUAUAGGGCGUAGUAAGCCCACAUCCUGCCGCUGCCCUACCUUGUAUCCUGCUUUGUCAGGUCCACGUGAGACAUGGCACAAGAACGAGGACACUUACAGCUGUCUAGAGCUGAUGCUAUCCGUUCAAGGCUCAUUGACACUUUCUCCCUCAUAGAGCAUUUGCAGGGCUUGAGCCAAGCUGUACCAAGGCACACUCUCCGGGAGAUGCUUGAUCCUUCUUACCAGCAGAAACUCAUGUCAGGAGAUCAGGAGCAGCUAGUGCGCUUCUCCAUCAAGCCUCGGCGAAUGGGGCGCAUCACAUAUUCUCGGCGGUUGCUGAGCAAGCUUCGAGUGCGGUGCAGUCAAAUGCCACCUCUUUCCUUGUGGGCUGGAUGGGUCCUUGAGAGUUCUAUCUUCUCGAAAUUCAUCAUCUCCCUCAUCUUUCUGAAUACCUUUGUGCUGAUGGUCGAAAUAGAAUUGAUGGAGUCCACAAACACUGCUCUGUGGCCAGUGAAGCUGGCUUUGGAGGUGGCAGACUGGUUUAUCUUGCUCAGCUUCAUUGUGGAGAUACUUCUAAUGUGGUUGGCCAGCUUUUUUCUCUUCUGGAAGAAUGCCUGGAAUGUCUUUGACUUUUUUGUUACCUUGUUGUCUCUGCUUCCUGAGUUGGUGGUGCUGUUAGGAGUCCCAGCGCACUCUGUAUGGAUUCAGCUGCUGAGGGUCUCUCGGGUGCUGAGGUCUCUCAAACUGUUUGCACGAUUCCGUCAAAUUAAAGUUAUUCUUUUGGCUCUGGUCAGGGCCCUGAAGAGCAUGACGUUCCUCUUGAUGUUGCUGCUUAUCUUCUUCUACAUUUUUGCUGUGACUGGUGUCUACUUCUUCAGAGAAUAUUCCCGUUCAACUAUCGAGGGCCUGGAGUACAACAUGUUCUUUUCGGACCUACUAAAUUCCCUGGUGACAGUGUUCAUCCUCUUCACCUUGGAUCAUUGGUAUGCAGUACUUCAGGAUAUCUGGAAGGUGCCAGAAUCUAGCCGUGUCUUUAGCAGCAUCUAUGUAAUCCUUUGGUUGCUGCUUGGCUCCAUAAUCUUUCGAAAUAUCAUAGUAGCCAUGAUGGUUACUAACUUUCAGAAUAUCAGAAAUGAGCUGAGUGAGGAGAUGAGCCACCUGGAGGUUCAGCAUAAAGCUGACAUAUUCAAGCGACAGAUUAUCCAGAGGAGACAUCAAUCUGAAUCACUAAGAGGGACCAGUCAAGGAAAGGUCUCCGAAGACAUAAUAGAAACUUCUGAUGCCAGUGAUGAUGAUGAUGAUGAUGAAGAAGAAGAAGAUGAUGAUGACAAAAGCGAUGCUACUGAAAACAAUGGCGACGAAAGUGAGGAAAGCGAUAGCGAGGAUAGCGAGAGCGAGAAAAUUGAUCCCGAGAAAGACUAUGCCAAGAAAAGCUAUCCUGAGAAAAGCCAUCCUGAGAAAAGCUAUGAUGAACAGACUGAAGCUGAAAAAGUAAAAAAAGAGUCGAAAGAAAAAGCCUACCCAACUUCCCCUUCCAACUCAUCCCAUGGCUCCACUGUAGCCAAUAUUGCUUUUCUCGAAAACCUGGACUGGGAGACCCUUGUGCAUGAGAACCUGCCUGGGCUAAUGGACAUGGAUCAGGAUGACCGCGUUGUCUGGCCCAGAGAUUCACUCUUCCGAUAUUUUGAGUUACUGGAAAAGCUUCAGUAUAACCUAGAGGAGCGCAAGAAGUUGCAAGAAUUUGCAGUUCAGGCCCUGAUGAGUUUUGAAGACAAGUGAAGGUACAGUGGGUAACAGCUGUGUCCUUGGACCCAGCAAAAGCUAAUGAGGAAAAUAAUUGGAAUUUAAAAUAUAAAUAUCUAAUAAAUACUGCUAAUGAAUA